AAAAAAAAAAAAAAAUCAAGAGAUGCAGAGUUCUUGUCUCUACAGAGAAUGCAUGCGCAACCACGCGGCCAAGCUCGGCUCUUACGCCGUCGAUGGCUGCCGCGAGUACUCUCAACCAGCCACCGGAGAUCUCUGCGCCGCCUGUGGUUGCCACCGGAGCUACCACCGUCGCAUUGAAGUACAAUCGUCUUGUCAAGUCACUCGCGCGCGGCUCCCUUUCACGAGCUUGAGGCGCGUGAAGCAGCUCGCGAGGCUGAAAUGGAAAGCAGCAGCUGCGGAGGGAAGAGAAGAGCAAGAAGAGGAGGAGGUGGACACGGAGGAGACUUCCACGGACGAGAAGAUGACGGUGCAGCGUCGGAGGAAGUCGAAAUUCACGGCGGAGCAAAGAGAGGCGAUGAGAGAUUACGCGGCGAAGCUGGGAUGGACGUUGAAGGAUAAGAGAGCGGUUAGUGAAGAGAUAAGUGUUUUCUGCGAUAGGAUUGGUGUUACUCGUUAUCUUUUCAAGACUUGGGUUAACAAUAACAAAAAGUUUUAUCACUAAUUUAAUUAAAUCAUUAGUUUAAUGUUAUUAGCAUAAUUCUAGUUCAUUUCAUUUUCAACCCUGAUGUUAUUGUUCUUAUCAUCAUCCUUAAUGGCUUAUGUUAAUGGAAUAGCUUGUUACUACAGUUUUACUAGUGUGUUAAUUCUGUGUUUUUUUAUAUUUAAUGAUGUCCUUAAUUACUA